GACCUGCACGAGCGCACUGCCGACACGGCGCGGGCGGCGGUGUCCUGCGAGCUGCUGCGCCUGGCGUGCGCCCCGCCCGCCGAGGUGGCGGACGGCGUGGACCUGCACCUCAUCGUCGGGCGCGGGGCGCACAGCCCGGGCGGGCAGGCGACCUUGGCGCCUGCGCUGCUGGAGUUCCUCAACGAGGACGAGGAGCUGGACGGGAGCGCGCAGCUGUACACCCCGUCGGGCGACGAGCUGGACGAGGAGGGCGGAGGACUGCCUCCUGUCCCCGCCGAGGAUCUGCGGCUCGUCGAAGGCCAGGCGUACUCGUCGACUGGCUACAAUGCCCAGGGCGACGUCCAGUGCCGCUUCACGUGGGUCGCCCUUCGCGUCUCCGUCGGAGUCGAGACGUACGCCAGGCCGAGGUUCCUUUUCUCGAGCGACCCGUACUGGGACUGGUGGGCGUCGAACCCAGGCGAGAGGGGUGCUGUGACUGCGCGGCCCCUCGUCCAUGUGUGUCGGACGCAGCCGUGCCAGGUCCAGCCCCCGCGGGGCUGCUCAGAGCUGGUGCACAUCACAGAUGCGACCCCCGUCUCGGCCGACGAGCUGCGGGAGGUCUUUGCGUCGUUCCUCUCGGACAACCCAGACGCGGUCUGGCCCGCCGACCUCUUCGGACCGCGGCUCGCUGGCGGGGUGCCGGCGGAGGCGCCAGCCAGGAGGCCGGCCGCGUCGGAGCAGCCAGGGCUGGACGAGCUUUGGAGCGGCGACGUUGUCGAGGCGGAGGGGAGCAGCCGCCGCGCCAGCCUCCGCGGGAAGCUGGAGGCAGCGCAGGAUCGCUUCGCGCGGCUUCAGCAGCAGCGGCGGGCCGCCGCGGGAGCUGCGGAGGCGGUCGCUGCCCUGGACGACAAGCCGCCCGCGAAGGUCCCGCGGCAGGGCGGGCCGCCACCGCAGCGGUCGCUCGCCGAGGUCCUCGAGGACCGCGUGCGGAAGGCGGCGAAGGUCGGGGCAGUUGCCUCGGCCGAGGACGCCAAGGGCGCAGAGGCGGCCGCCCCCGCGGCUGGGCAGGGCGGAGCUGGCGUGCAGGAGCUGCUGACGGCCCUCCUCAAGGCGCUGCAGAGCGCGUCCAGGUCGUCCGACGACCCGUCCUUCGGCGGCGACGGUGGUGUCGCCACUGCCGAGGGCGACUUGCUGCCGAAGGGCCUCGCGUCUCGACGGGCCCACUGCAGGAGAUUGGCCCUCGAGCACCCAGGCAGACUCGCGGAGCUGAGCCUGGCGCAGAUGGCAGAGUUUCUGGGGUCGCAGGACGGCGGCGGGUCGGUCGAUCCGCACGGCCCAAUCGUCCUUCGGUUCCUCUUGUCGGUCUACUUGCCGCAGCACCCUGUGAAGGAGAUAGGGGGCGAGAUCUACCGCGAGCUGCGGACGAUCGCGGAGGCGCUGGACCUGUUGCUGCAGGGGCGCACGGCCGCGGUGGCCGACAUCCUGGCCCAGCGCUUCAAGGCCAUCCAGGUGGCUGUCGGGGACGGGAGCUGGUCGGCGGCGAAGUGGCUCGAGCUGAUACCGCCGCGGGACCAGCCUCUCGCGCUGCGCAACGAGGAGGAGGAGAUGAUCAGGAGCAUCCAGCUCGGCGAGCUCAAGCUGGAGGAGCUUGCCUCGCGGCUGCGGCAGAAGCCUCAGGGGGGGAUACCCCCUGCUGCAGCGCAGGCCCAGGCGCAGAGGCAGCCAGCGGCCGCAGGCUCCGCGGAGGCCGACCGCAUGCUGGCCGACAGGGCGGCAGCCCCAGCCCGCUCGGUCGUGCUGACGCGGCCCUGGAAGGAUGCCAAGGCGAAGUACCCGAAGAAGCCUGGCGAGACGGUCAAGGCGUACGAUGCCCGUCUGCGGAGCCUCGUGCCGACGCUGCGGUAG